UUGACUUAUCGUACACACUCCCUCUUCAAAGCACGGAUUUUCCCAGACUCUCCCAUAACGAAAUGACUGGCACAAAUUUCAAUAGCCGCGGAGGUACGCAGGCAAAUAACGUCAACAACGGAAGCGGGUCGCAAAACAACAACAAUGGUUCUGGAAUGCAGAACAAUUGGACUGGACCUGAUGCCACCGUCAACAACAACAACGGAGAUGGCAAAAGUUCUCCUGGAGGUUCUCAAGGUCGUAACCACCGGCAAGAUGAAGGGGGAUAUCUACGCGGGAACGGAAUUUCAACGUGGCACUCUCAGUCUGUCUUUGCAACAAUGUUUGAACCCUAUGACCAAUGUCCAAGUAACGAAGAUAUCAACCUCAGAAUACAUUGCCAAGAGGAAUGUGGCGAUGAAUGA